AUGGCCAGCUGUCACCACUCCAGCACUGACAUUGCCUACAAUGGGACCUACACCGACCCUACACUGCGUAUUGUACAAGACCGUACCAGUAGCCUCCCACGCGUCUCUCUCUUGCCUCUUUGCCUCGUUCCAGCGUGGAUCGCAGGACCCUCCGCUUUUGCCUCUUUCAGGCAGGCCGUUCACACAGACGCAAAGGAAAAACACACAAAAAACAACGGUUCAAAGGCUAGCGGCUGA